AUGGCAUCCCCUGCUCUUUCCUUAUUGUCCUCUUUGCCUGUCGACCACAAAAAUGCUACGAAUGAUGAGCCAUGCGGUGCACCAUCCGAGGCGAUAUUAGUCCACUGUGAUCUUGGCAUAUCACGCUCGCCAACGAUCGUUGUCGCCUAUCUCAUGCGCAAACUCCGCAUGCAGAAAGUGGACGUAUUGAAUUUUGUCCAAUCCAAACAAAUAGUCAAACCGAGCCCGAAUCUUACUCGUCAACUUCAAGUUUGGAAGGAGGUUGGAUAUCAAGUAUGGGAGAAUGAAGAUAGGACUGUCCCGAAAGCGCCAUACAAAGCGUUUCUGGAAGAUCGAGCUGCCGUUUUGGAAAAAAGGGGGCUGACCGGGAAUGAGCCGCUCGCACCCUAG